AAGAAAAGAUCAACUAGGAAAAACAAAUCGAAUCCCAGGCGUCGGGACAGAAAGUCCAGUGACGUGGCCUGCAGAGGAGCUUCUGAACACUGAUACAUACAACAAUUAACAGGAUUAUGAGAUAAGAUGUCAGACAGCGAGCACCCAGCCACUGACCAACAAGAGACUGUGGAAGGGCAUGUCCCCAAAGAGCCCCCAUCACGCUCGUCGCAUGGUGACUCUUCGCAUGACAUGCAAAGUGACCGCUCCGCUGACGUAGCGCCGACUCAAAAGACGAGGAAGAGACCAGAGAACAAACCACCUCCUGAAGUCCAGGAGAGUCCAGAGACAGAGCGCGUGGCGGAAAAUGAAUCCAAGACAACAACUGUAACCCACGGUGGUUGGGGGAGCUGGGGAAACUGGGGGAAGUCUCUUCUUUCUACGGCCACAGCCACUGUUGCCACCGUAGGCCAAGGACUGUCUCAGGUCAUCGAGAAGGCAGAGACGUCUUUGGGAAUUCCCAGUCCUGUGGAGCUGUCUGCCCAAACGGAGAAGGAAGAGGAAGGAGAUGCUCCUUCAAGCUCCAGUGAAGGAAACACGGCAGAAGGAGACAGUACCAUGUUGGGAAGUGCGAUGGGAAUGCUGUCCUCCAGCAGCAAAGGAAUGCUGUCUUCUCUGUCCAGUGUAGUGCAGAGUACAAGUAAAACAGUAAUAAGUGGUGGACUGGAUGCUUUGGAGUUUAUUGGUAAGAAGACAAUGGAUGUAAUCGCAGAAGGAGAUCCCGGCUUCAAAAAAACGAAAGGUCUGAUGAACAGAACGUCCACCUUGUCUCAGGUUUUAAGGGAGGCAAAGGAACGAGAGGAACAGCAGACUGCUGAGAACGUCACCUCGGAAACGGAGAAGAAGGCUCAUUAUGGGAUGCUGUUUGAUGAGUACCAGGGCCUUUCACAUCUAGAAGCUUUGGAGAUCCUGUCCAGAGAGAGUGAAGCGAAGGUGAAAUCGGUCCUGACCACGUUAUCGGGUGAAGAGCUGAGUGCUCUGAGAGAAGAUCUGGAGCAGAUCAAGGAGUCCUUCUCCCUGAUGGAAUUCGAUGAUGAGGAAGUAGAUGACCCAAAAGUUGAUGAUGGUGAACAUUUUGUUAAGGAACUGACAGAUGCUCUUAAAAAGCUUCACAUAUCCACAACAGCAGAGAGGCUUGGCAAGGCUAGGAAGAAUGCAUUUGACCGUAUUAUGGACAUGAAGAUACCAAAUGAAGCAAAGCAGCAGCAAGAAGAGGGCAGUGAGCAGGAGCCCAUGGUGACCAAGUGCACUGUUGAGGAUGCUCACUUCUCUGCUAUCACGAGCCUGGCAGAGCUCACAGCCAGAUCCAUCGAGCAGUUCCACAAGGUGGCAGAAAUGCUGCUUCACUCCACCACUGAAGGGGUCACUGCUCUGGAACAAGCCAAAGUCCUGGCACAAAUCACAGUUAUUCUCUGCAAGGAGAUCUCGGUGCUGUCGAAAAAAUUUACAGCUUGUUUAGCUACAAUUGGGUCAAAUGAAAAAGGAGAGCUACUGAACCCAUUAAUCACUGGAGUUUUCCUGGAGGCCUCCAACAGUGCUUCAUAUAUCCAGGAUGCGUUCCAGCUGUUAAUGCCAGUGCUAGAGGUGUGUCACAUUGAAAGGACGGCUGACUCGAGUCGCAGAUAACCACUCAACAUUCACCUGUGCCAAUUUAGAUAGUAAUAAGGAACAAUAUCAUGAUGUCAUGGAUGACGGGUUGUAAACUCCGUACAUGCUGUUGAUGUACUGUAUGGAAUAACAUGAAACGCAAAAUGUCAGUUUUACAAAUAAAAUAUGAUCAUGGGGUUUUCUAAUUUUUAAAAAUGUUCAUGCUGUUCCAUGUAAUUAUUCUUUCCAAGAUAUAUAUUAUAUAUAUUGUCCUUCAUAAAUCUGACCACUUGGAAGCUUUAUGCAGCAUCAGGUGUUAACCAUACAAAUAUUUUUGGACAUUUUACAAACAAUUAUCAUUACUUUGAUUGACUGAUUGAUUUAAAAAAAAAACGUAUCAGUAUUAUUUUGAGGUUAAUGUGUACGGAGUUGUAAUAAAUACAAAUAUUUCAGAUUUUAAAGAAAUGUCAUGUGAGCUCUUAUUUAAACACUCAAAGUAAUUGACAUUUGUGAUCUGAGGAUAAGAUGUGGAACUUUCCUCAUGUUGAGGUUCUGUACUGCUAUGGUGUUGGUUCAUGGACGCUAUCUCGGGUAUCGUAGUGUUUGGAUACAAUACAAAGAAUAAAAAAUGAAGCUAU